ACGGUUGGAGUGGGCGCCAUUUUGUUCGGGACAGCGCCAUUCGAUCGGGAAAAGGUUUUAUUUCUGUGCGAUUGUGUUAAGGGGUGGGGGAAGAAAUCGAUUUGAACCGAAAGCGGGUUUAAAAAUAAAAGUGGAGCGGGGAGGAGGGGGGGGGAAACUGGGGGAGAUAAACAAAAUGAAGAUCUUUGUGGGGAAUAUCCCGAGCGAAGGGACGGUGGACGAGCUGAAGACGCUGUUCGGCUACUACGGCACGGUGCGGGAGUGCGACAUCAUCCGGCAUUACGGCUUCGUGCACAUGGACAGCGCCGAGGAGGCGAACCAGGCCAUCGCCGCCCUCAACCAGUACGAGCUGCACGGCCAGAAGCUCAACGUGGCCGAGUCCCGGCCCCGGCCUGCCGCCGUCACCAAGGUCUACGUUGGUAACCUGGCGGCCGGCUGCAGCAACCAGGAGCUGAGGGCCAAGUUCGAGGAGUACGGCCGGGUGGUGGAGUGCGACAUCGUCAAAGACUAUGCUUUUGUACACAUGGAGAAGGAGGAAGAUGCAAUGCAAGCGAUUGCCAGUCUGGAUAAUCAGGAAUUCAACGGGAACAAGCUCAGGGUGCAGCUCUCCCGGUCGACCUAUGGAAAGUCUGGUGGGCAGCGGGAUGUGUGCCAACGCUGUGGAAGGCAGGGUCACCAGGCCCGAGAUUGCCACUCAGUGCGCUAUAACCAGUACAGCCAGUACCAGUACCAGGCUCAAUAUUACCCCUCUUACUAUCCAUACUACGAUUACGAUUAUGGCCACGGUUCCUAUUACGACUAUUAUGAAGAUUAUCAGACCGCGGGUGCCGCCGCGGGUUAUGCGCCACUUGAGUACGUGAGAGAGAGAAGCCCCAACCGCUUGGGCACAUCCGUAGUAGGGGCCAACAACUGCACCCUAUAUGAGCGUACCCGCCUGUCACCACUCACCGUGCCAAAAUAUCAGACCGAGAAAUACAUAGACGAUAGCAUCAGCAGGUAUGAUCAGUUUGACUACGAUAAUACUACCGACACCCGCUAUGCCCAAUGAACCGACGAUAUCCUCCUUCCUUCUCUUCCUCCUCCGCUGCCGCCGCUCUCCGAACAGAAGUUUGCUCUCUCGAGACGAAUACACGACCCCGUGAUCGCAGCACGACAGCACCGUGGCAUUUAAAACAAAAUUUAUAUCUCUUUUUCUCCAAAACAAAAAGAUACAUUCGCUGAGCCCUGCCUUGUGAUCCAUAGGUUCUGUAAACACACUUUAACGCUCUCUUUCUCACUGAUUGUGAUUGGAUGUUACUCAUCAAUUUUAUUUUGGUUUUCUUCCAGCCAACCCGUCACCAUUUUCCCCUCCUUUCCCUAGACACCAAAAAGAAACAACAAACCUCCCUUUGUACAGGUCCUAUCCACACCGAACACAGGUGCUCUUGUCCCCUCCCCGCGGUGAUGGCCACAUUCCCUUAACGUUCUUCCAGUCCAAUACUGCCUUUUAAAGAAGUGGGGAGCCUGUUCUGCUGUUUUCCCUUCCUUAAGGGACCAAUGGCUGUGGUAUUCAGUUCCACGAUAUCCAAGUACCACUUGUGAUUUGACAGCAGGCUGCUUCUCUCGUGGGGAGCUGCUCUGGGUAGGGCCUGGUGUCCAACUCAUGGAUCGUACAAAAACAGAGCUUGAGGGGUGGUGUGUAUCAAGGCACCUGCCACUCUUCCUUAUUUCAGCCCUCAAGGUGUAAAUCACAGUGGCUGUAGGACCUGUGAAGCUGAAUGGGCUCCCCCCCACUUUAAAUAAUCUUCACACUUAAUUAACUGUACCGCCACUGUGAAUCAUCAACCACACACUUCAAAGCUGCGUUUCAGGCACUUUGUCUCAGACGGAUGCUGCAUUCCUGCACCUUGCCAACGCUGCUCGGAUUCAUGCUGCCAAGGGAUGCACAGGAGCAGACAGGCCGUCUCCUGCGUGGUUGUGCUUUCUUUCAUUUUAGUCCUUUAUCCUUCUGCAGCCUCGAGUCCGCUCACGGGCAGCGUGGCAGAGUGCGUGACCCGUAAUUCACCGGCUGGCUUUACAGGUAAUGGUCCAAUUUUGCUGAGAAAACGGCUCUUCCCGCACCCCUUCCCCAACCCUCAAAAAAAAAAUGUUCUCACUGCUAAAUUUCACCACCAAAAGCAAUGACGUGCUGUCAUUGGUGCCAUCGGACUUGAAUGAAGAGGAAGCCAGGGUGGGGAGACUGGCAGGCAUUUUGGUAUUUUCCAGUGUUUAGCUUUUUGGACUUGCUGCACGAGGGUAGAAUGUAUGUUUCCGGGCAGAUUGAGAUUGGAAGAGUGUGUGUGCGUAUGUGUGUCUGUGACUGGGACUGUAUGUUUCAAAUGAUUGCCAUGGCAACACUGCCAACAUGGGAUGAUGAUUGAUUGAAUUUCCUCCUGGGCAGCGUCAAAGUCCUGCAGAGUUCAUGUCUAAGGGCUAGCUGAAGACUCCUUGAAACGGGUAUGGGUUUUUUUUGGGGGCAUUAAGGACAUGGUUCCAUCAUGAUAUCACCUAUAGUUGAAUAUUAAAUUUACCUAGGUAUUAUGGAUGACCCUCCUGGGCAAUGCCAAUGGGGAACUGCCACUUGCAUGAACAUAACCAGUGUGAUCUGGCAUCUUGGGUGAGGGUGGGUGGUGAAAGAGAAACAGCAAGAUAGGAUCUUCUGUGGGCUGUUGGGUAGGGAGUGGAUGGAAAAGUAGAAGAAUUGGGGGGAGGUGAGUUUACAUGUCUGAUGUUACACAAUUUAAAAUGAGGUUUGUUUAAUUUUCUUUUAACUAUGAUAAUGAUUUAGUUUGUCAUAAUUGCCUACGCUAGAGAACCAGUGUCUGAAAUUAGAGUUGGACAGGGGGUGGGGAGGGGUGUUUGUAUCGUAACAUGUAGUGAAAUUCAAUAAAAUUAGUCUGAAAUAUC